AUGAAAAAUUUACAUAGAAUCGUUGCCAUACUAUCACAGGUCAUUUUUUUGAUAGCGUCGUCAUCUGUCACCUUCGGGCGUUCACUGAAGAUUCAGCCACACUUGCUGCUAAUCGAACCGAACGCCAUCAGCCGCCUGACUCGGACCAAGGAUCGGUACGAUCGUCGCGUUCUCGAGCGCUUCAGCCGCAUCGGCGGCUUGGACUAUCACCUUCGACUUGGCUCGAUCUACUGGACGGAUUUGGGCACGGGGCGAAUUUUGUCGCGUCCCCUGUGGACCACGAGUUUCACGAUCGACACGCUGAUCGAGCUCGAUCCAAGAUCCUGGAGAUGCCAAGCUUUGGCGGUCGAUUAUGUCGGCGAUAAUCUGUACUUGCUCGACUCGAAAGCCUUCAAAGUUCACGUGUUCGAUUUGAAAAACAGCUCCAAACACGCGACUAUUUAUGAGGGGAAAAUGAACAAGCCUAUGGACAUCGCCCUCGAUCCAACUGCUGGAUUAGUUUUCAUAGCCGAUGGUACGAGGAUCCUUCGAAUGAACAUGGACGGUAAAUCGGUAAAAUCAAUCGUCGAGCACAAGCGUUACAACAUCAAAUCGGUGAACGUCGACCGAGUUGCGAAGCGCUUGUAUUGGUCGGAAAAAAAUUACCACAGCAUAAAGAGCUCCAGGUACGACGGCAGCGACAUGAUAGUCGUCCUGGCGAACGGCCCGAACGCCCGACUGCCCUUCGUCGUGGACACGGAUAAGCGCGCUGGCGGCGACGUCAACGUGGUGGUGUCCAAGCAGCAUUCGACUUCGCCCUACUUCCUCGGUCCAGCCAGUUUGGCCGUGCACGGAUCGGAGAUGUUCGUGUACGACGACACGCUCCACCGUAUUAUCGCGUUGACGAUCGACGAGCGAAGUGGCCAAGCCGAUCCUAGCAGUUUUCGCGUCAUCUACGACAGAAUCAUCGUCAGUGCGAUGAGAUACGUUCAUAUCGAAGGAAUAAACGAAACGACGAUCGCUGAUCCUUGCCAGGGCAACGAGUGCCCCGACAUGUGCUUGAACGCUGGCAUGAACCAUCGGACUGAGUCACUCAAACAUGCUUGUGUACCAUUAUCGGACGAAUAGUCGAGGAUAUGUUUGAGCAAUGUUAUU